AUGAAGUCCUGUUGUUGGAAAGUAGUAAACUCGGGCCCCAGUCGCUCCCAGGACACUGUGGUGGAGGUGCUGCUGCCUCGGUCUCUCGCCCCUCACCCUCACAGACUCAUGCAGCUCACAGACUGGCAGGUGUCCCAGGGCAUCUGCGGCCUCGGGGAGAGGGCGCUCUCAGUGCAGGACGACUGUGCGGUGCCUCACGCCUCUCUGCUCCAACAGCUGGUGUUCUUCUUCUCUCCUCAAGCCACACGCCUCCUGUUCUGCGCGCACAGAGACCCUGUGUGUGAGCGUCUCAUCUGUCAUCUGGGGCCCCUGGAGGCCGGACGAGUGGCCACCAUCCACCUGGAGACGGCCCUGAAUCCCGCGGUGCUGCUGCAGGCGCCGGGCCGACACAGCGUCAUGAAGCUGGAGAGUCUGGCGUUUGUGGCACGUCCUGUUGCUGACCUGCACACGGUGGUGACGAGCGAGCAGCGCCACGCCCAGGUCCAGGUGGUGGCGCUGUUCUCUCAGAAGCCCUCUGCAGCGGUCAGAGUGCUACUGCUGGUGGUCAGUCUGCUCCUGGGGCUGCUCAUCCUGGCUCUGCUCAUCUACUGCCUCUGGAAGGCCGGUUUCUUCAAGAGAGAACUGCAGAAGAAGAAGAUGAAGAGGGACAGCUGGGACUAUGUUCCCAAACUUGGUCCUAGAGAGAGCUUCUCCUAA